AUGAAACAAUGUUGAACUAUAUAUCACAAAACUAAGUUGAACUUCAAAAGAGAGAGAUAGAAACAAGAUAGUAACGUGAAUAGUGAUGAAUACUUCAGCAAUGGUAGGUGUUGAAGUAGAACGACCACUGAAAAUUCACUUCAUUCCUUAUCUUGCAUCUAGCCAUAUGAUCCCUCUUUCUGAUAUAGCAGCUAUGUUUGCAUCCCAUGGCCAACAUGUCACAAUCAUCACCACUCCCUCCAAUGCCAAAUUUCUUACAAAAUCUCUUUCUUAUGCCGCUCCCUUCUUCCUCCGCCUUCACACCGUCGACUUUCCCUUUCAACAAAUGGACCUCCCUGAAGGCAUUGAAUCUAUAUCCUCCACCACCGACCUCGUCACCACUUGGAAGAUCAACAAUGGCGCAAUGCUCCUCCAUCGACCCAUUGAGGAUUUCAUUAAAAACGAUCCACCAGAUUGUAUCAUCUCCGACUCUGCAUACCCAUGGGUUAAUGACUUGGCCCAGAAGCUUCAAAUCCCUAAUUUCACAUACAAUGUUUUGUCCGUUUUUCCAGUCUUGCUCAUGGAAUCCCUUAGAACAAAUAAUUUACUUUUUACGGAUUCUGAUUCGGAUUCAAGUUCCUAUAUCGUUCCAAACUUUCCUCUUCCUAUCACCAUGUGCAGUAAACCACCAAAGGUUCUCAGUAAAUUCAUAGGACUGAUGCUUGACACAGUGUUCAAAAGUAAUGGCUUUAUCGUCAACAACUUCAUUGAACUUGAUGGAGAAGAGUGUAUUCAACACUAUGAGAAAACCGUAGGUCACAAGGCUUGGCAUCUUGGUCCAUCUUCUAUUUGGAGAACCACUCUAGAGAAAUCAGGUGGGGGAAACGAGGGUGCUGAGAGUGAGCAUGAGUGCCUGCGUUGGCUCAACUCACAACAAGUUAACUCAGUGUUGUACAUAUGUUUUGGAAGCUUAAACUAUUUCUCUGAUAAACAACUAUAUGAGAUUGCAUACGCAAUAGAAGCAUCGGGUCACCCAUUCAUAUGGGUUGUUCUUGAGAAGAAAGGAAAAGAAGAUGAGAACGAAGAAGAGAAAGAAAAGUGGUUGCCGAAGGGAUUUGAGGAGAGAAACAUUGGAAAGAAGGGUUUGAUCGUUAGGGGUUGGGCCCCACAGGUUCAGAUAUUGAGCCACCCUGCGGUAGGGGGAUUUAUGACACAUUGUGGGGGGAACUCAUUUGUUGAGGCUGUUGGUGCAGGAGUUCCAAUGAUAACGUGGCCGGGUCAUGGAGAUCAAUUGUUCAAUGAGAAACUAAUAACACAAGUCCGAGGAAUUGGAGUGGAAGUAGGUGCAACAGAAUGGCGUGCACAUGGUAUUGGGGAGAGAAAGAAGUUGGUGAGCAGAGAUGACAUAGAGAAGGCAAUGAGGAGAUUGAUGGACAGUAGUGAUGAGGCUGAAGGUAUGAGACUACGUGCUCGAGAGCUUGGAGAGAAGGCUAAACGAGCUAUUCAAGAAGGUGGUUCCUCACAUCAUAAUUUGUUAACUUUGAUCGACGAACUUAAAAAGUUGAGAGACUGCAAGCCACUUGAUUAAUUAAAGGAAAAUUAAUCAGAAAUGUGAAUGUCAUGGUUUUGGUCGAUGAAUUUCUAGUGGAUAAUGACAUGAAGAGGUUUUGCUGUUUUCAGGAUUUUAAUUCUGCAAUAUUUGCCGCUCAAAUCAAAGUAGUAACAACAUAGCUACUUUCAUGGUGAUAAUUCAACAUAAUUGAGUUGUAUGACACACCAAGCAGUAAUAAAUGUAUCUUCUUUGGGAAACAAUAAUUCUUUGAAGCAGUGAUUUGCAAA